UCAUCCACGUCCUCCUCAGCAACAGCAGGCGCUAAGCCCUGGGAAAGGGAGUUUGCUUUCUGGGUAUCGGCUGCUGCAACGAGGGAAAAUGGCAGAGAGAUCCCUGUUUGCGCAGCGCCUGCAAGCCAUUACGGAGCGGCGCAGGCUGCAGGAGCGUAUCCUGGCCACCCGCAGGGAGUUGGAAGAGGAGAGACUGCGAGCCCAGCGCCUCAAGAGGAAAUCCUUGCGCGAUCGGUGGCUGAUGGAGGGAAUGUCCGCACCCACUGAUGACAACGGUCACAUGUCUUCCGUCUGGGAGGCGCAGGCUCGCAUCCAGGGAUUAGAACAAGACCUGUCCAGUCUCCAAUCUCAGAUGCAGCAGCUGGAUAAUCCAGAACUUCACCAGGGACGACUGCAGCCUGAUGAGUCUGUGAAGGCUUUGAAAGAGGUGAAGCAUCCAUCGCUGGACGGCCUUGGGGAGGUUGAUGGGACAUCGUCUUCUCCAGGAGGUGUGUUUGGCAGAGAGAGUAGCCCCGAAAAGGCAAGCGUUGAAGUGAGCCCUGUGGCUGUAGAAGCUGGGCUGGAAGUUCAGCCUCCUCCUGCUGUGAAGCCGGCCUGCCAGAGCUCAGAGCCUGGUGAAGCCCCUGGCAGCCACCAGAGAAAGCUGGCAGUAGAGGAGAUGGUCAUCAGGGACCACUUGGGCCAGGAAGUGGGCAGCAUGGAUGCUGUUGGGCAGAAACAGAGAUCUCUUGGGAAGGAGGAAGACCCGGAGGGCCACACGGAACUGGGGAACGGAUGUGAAGCGUGUCCAAAGGAGGCCCCCGCAGCUACUGAAAGCCAGCUGGGCAGUGAGCUUGGCAGCCGUGACGGCCCGGAGGGGGAGUCCCCCACUUCCCAGGAUCAGCAAAGCCCCUCCCAGCCCCCGCAGGAGGGGACUAGCAGCCUUGAUUCCCCCACGCGGACGGCAGACGGGGAGGCGGAGGUGAGCCCCCUGGCCCAGGGGGUGGCUCUGACGGGAGGGGAGCAGGAGAAGCUGCCAAAACUGGGCGCCAAGUCGCCAGAGCCUGCCCAAGAACUGCCCGUUGGCAAUGCUCCUGCAGCAGGGCCCGUGGCACAGGGGCAGGGAAACCAUGCUGGGAAGCCGGGGCUGCAGGAGCUCCAGGGAUCUGGGCAAGGAGGAGAGAGGUCUUGGCAGGAGCAGCCCCAACCAUCUCGUCCAGACCAGAUCCCUCCAGCACAGGAAACACAGACCCCAAACUCUCUGGAAGAGGCCAAGCUGCCCCUCCUAGGUCCAGUGAAGUCAUCAUCUCUGUCAGAGCAGAUUCCACUAACUCUUCAGGAUCAGCUCCCUACUGUGCAAGAUGCUACCGGAUCCCUUCCAGACCAGAUCCCGUCAUCUUUUCAGCCACUUGAGGGUUCACUCCCAGAGCCGGUGCUGCCAUUGUUCGCAAGUCCACCUCCAUCCACAUUUUUGAACCAGACUCCUCCUUUGCAAGAAAGUAAAGAACCUCUUCUCGUUCAGGUCCCGGCCUCACUGCAGGAACCCCUCGUAGAGCCAAACCCACCAUCUCUGCAGGACCAUUUAUCAUCUUCUCUGGAACAGAAACCAUCUUCCUUGCAGGGCGAGGCCACUUUUCCACAGGAAGCUAAAUGUUCCUUAAUGGACCGGAUCCCAUCUCCUUUAAGUGAAGCUAAUGGGAGGCUUCUGGACCAGAUCCCAACAGUUCUCCAAGACGAGAGUGCUUCUCUACCAGAUCAGAUCCUGUCUCCUCUUCCGGAUCAGUUCACAGCUCUUGCAGGACGGCAUGAAACGGAGCGAUCCCUCCUGAUACCAACCGCUCUGCAGGGCCAGGAACUGGAGGCGAAAGAAUCCCUUCCAGACCUAACCCUCUCUUUGACUAAUCAGCCUUCUUCUCUGCCUGAUCAAAUCACUGCCCUUCAAGAAGCUGAAGGGUUGUCCUUGAGAGAGAUUCCAGUAGCCCUGCAAGACCAAAUUACGGCAUCAUCAAAGGCCCAGAAUCCUUCUCUGCUGGAGGCUGACGACUUCCUUCUAGGCCAGGUCCUGUCCUCUGAGGAUGAGGAUAAACAAUCAGUUCCUGGAGAGGCUCCAACAUCUGGGCCAGGCCAGCUCCUGUUCUACCCCCCAUCUCAGGAGGGUACAGACCCUGCUUCUCUGCAAGAGGCGAGAGGGUCUCUUCCAGAUCAGGUGAUGGCAUCGCCGAUAGGUCAGACAGUGGCCCAUCUCCCGGGAGCGGAAGAGUCAUCUCAAGACCAGGCCCAGACGACUAUAGUGGCACAGAUAACAACCUCUCUGAAGGGCCAGGAAGCAGAAGAGGCCCUUCCCGAAAAGCUGGAUCCCCCAUCUCUUUUAGAAGAAACGCCAACGCUGCCGGACCAAGUCCUGUCCCUUAACAAAGCCCCAAACUUAACACUGCAGGAUGCGACAACUGUUCCAGACAUCCUGCCCUUUUCCAGCCAAGACCCAGUGCAGCCCCUCCUGGACAAGGUUGCAACAGUGGAAAAUAAGGAGCUCAAAGCGGAUGGAGGUGGGGAGACAACUGAAGUCUUGGGAAAUCUCCACGCAGAGCAACAACCUCUACUGAAUGAGGCCAAGCCCUCCGUCGCCUGUCCGGACGUUUCCACGGGAGACCAGCAGCACCCCAACGCUGGGGUCGUCAAGCCCCCGGCAGCCCCCAGCCAGGAGGCUCCAACCUACACCGUCACCUCUGCCAACACUGCCUCAUUGUGCCAGCUCCAGGCUGCGGCGCCCCGCCAAGGGGAAGGCCAAGAGCAGGGUCAGAGCAGGCGCAAGCAGAAGUCGUGCCAGUGCUGCUCGGUCAUGUGAGCCCGGGGGCCGCGCACUCUCUCUCUCGCCCGGCUGAGGCGACCCCUCGCCCUCCCCCCUCAGGAACAGGAGUCGUUGGUCAGGCUCUGAAAUUGGUGGCGUGCCCUGCCAGUAGUCUAGUGUAGGCAACACACAUGCACUCCCUCCCUGGUGGGAGACGUGCUGGUUGUGGGGAUGGGACCCUGGAGGGAAUUGUUUAGAGUGGGUUUCCCUCUCCACUUAUAUCACACAGCCCCCUCUCUGUUCCCCCCCAUAGUUGGUGAAUGGGAGAGAAAUGCAAUACCCUUGGCUGUUGGAGAGGUCCCUGGGUGCCUUGGUGUGCACACAAUCACACCCUGACACUCAGCACGCACACACCUCCGCACCCCUGCAUUUCUGUGGACACCCUGAUGCUUGGAUGUCACCACCCUUCCCUCCACUUCUGUUCCAUGUGUCUGCGUUCUGCCCAGUAUUGGUGUGCAAGCAUGUACACUGCACAUUUCAAAUGCACAGGUAGCCUAGCACGAAUGCACAGCUACAAACAUUCAUACGGACAGUCCCGUUUGCUCUCACUGGCUUGCAGUGCAUCUGUUGGGAAAAGCCCACCAUUCAUGUGCCACACCACAAAUACCAGCUCCCGCAUACUUGUACAUAACUCUCACAGGGCUGGACAGAAAGACUAUUCCAUAUGCAUGCAGAACUCUCGCCAUCCGCACUCUCCGCAUGUGCCUGACUCCCUCUGCCAACUCAGCAUUACUCACCCAGUCAGUCGGGGCACCUUCCAGACACUGAGCAGAACCUUCUUCCCUCCAGUGUUGCCUCCUGCCCCCUUGCUCAGAUGGCCCAGCUGUGCACAAUUGAUCUGGCAGGCAAUGCUCAGCACUGUAUGACACUUUGGGCAUGAGCGGACUCUUUGCCAGCAAGGGGUGGACCUCUCUCUGCUGGUCGUACCCCCUCUUCCCCCCACCCCAAGAUCUCACAUGGUGCAGAGUUCGUGCUGCAUCUCCCAAGGCCAGACUGAGAGAUGAUCCCUCCAUCCCUGUUGCAAGCCCUGGGCCUGCGUCCUGCCAGGGAACCAUGGCCCUCAGCCCUCCCUCCUCCCCACGUCCCGUUACAGUUUAUUCUAUGCACUUUGUUUUAAUUCUAAUUGUAUAACUUCUGUUAGGGCCACCACCAGCCAAUAAGGAGCCUUUUACAUGUGUCAGUUCCUGGGCAGUAGAGAGAGAGAUUCUCAAUUAAAGUCAGAUGCAAUGACAAGCAGGACCUCUGGCUGUGCUUGGGGGCGAAAAACAUUGAGUCUUUUACUCUGGAGCUGGAGACGUUUGCGUUGUUAGCAUCUUCUCUGGUAGCAUCAUCACCAAAAUCUACAGCUGGAAGAAGUAACAGGAGCCAGAAGGCAGGCGAGUGGCAAGAAGGCGAUUAGGGGUCCUGGCUCACAUUCCCUUGUCCUGAGCCACUAAGAGCCACUUCACCAGCAGUCUUUUUCCAACAUGGGG